AACAAAAAAGUCUUUCCAUUUUUUUCUUGGGGCGGAUUUUAUUAAUUGGAAACCCGCCCGAAAACGUCGGAUCAUCUUCUCUCUCCGAUGGCUCUGAUGCGAACCAGGAGCCAAUUGAACGUAUCUUCAUUGACUCCACCACCACCUCCUCCGUCUCCGAUCCCUAGAGCCAGAGGAUCUCGCUCCGCUGCGAGCGAGAUCCUCACCGAGAUCAUCGAGAGAUCGAUCCAGGUUCCAGAGCUCACGCUCCCUGAAUCUCAUUCGGGCGGUGAAUCUUGCGGUUCACGCCACCUGAUCCCGGCGGAGAUUGAUUUCCGGCUAUUGGCGUCGAGGAGAGAAGGAUCGGUGGAUCGUCUGGUGCGAUCGGCGAGGGAGUUCGGGGCGUUUCGUGUGAGCUACCAUGGGAUAUCGAGCGAGGAGCUUAGGUCUCUUGUUAGGGAAUCGGGUCGGGUUUUCGGAGUUUUAGAGGGAAGAGACACCGGGUUUCGCCGGAGUGUUGUCGGAAACAGAGACGAGAUCGUUUGGGUUCGGUCGUGGAAGGAGCGCAUGGAAUGGGCGCGCGAGUAUAUCGGACCGGAAAGGUACCGCUGUUUCAGCCAAGAAAUGGAGAAUGUAGCUGAUAAACUUGAAGGGGUAGCAAGGAAACUAGGGCAAAUAAUGGUAGAAAACUCAAGGAGACAGACUGAUAAAAGAAUACAAAGAGGAGAAUCUGUGCUCAGCGUUUACAGGUACAAUCAUGAAAACGUCACAGAGCAAAGCCCUCCUUUGCCUAAAGAAAAGACAGAAGAAAUGCUUCAUUACACACUCAGCCUUCACCUUCCGGCCAAGAACUGCGAGUUCCGUAUCAACUCAGGAAAAGGCCCACUUUCUUUCCACGCUGAUCCCGACACUAUCCUUGUCACUUUUGGUCGCCAGCUUGAGGAAUGGAGUUUAGGAGAAUUCAAAUGUGGUCAAGGAGAAAUCAUAUAUCAUCCAGAUGCGUAUGGCUCGCCUACUUCCUUCUCGGUAGAGCUCAAGUGCAUGUCUCUUUUCUUAUCAUACGCUUCUAUUGCAACAACUUCCAAAACCAUCUCUUUUACACAUCAGAUUUUCGCUGCGUUACUCUUACUCUUUUUAUUCCAAUCUUUUUGGAUUUAUGGAUUCCAUAUGACCACUUAGAAUAUUCAUAUACACAUAUACAUAUAUUCUUGUAUGUGGGGAAGCCAUGCAUAAAUUUGAAUCUUACUGGUUUAUCGACUGGUAAAGUGUGUUUACCUAUUAGGUGGAAGCUUUGGUUGUAUAUGUAAACCCAAAUCAGAAAUUUGUGGAUUCCAGUGUAGAAAUGAUUGAUUUUUUUGUU